AUGGCCUCCACCGAACAGAGGGAGCUCGAGCUCGUCGACAAAGUCAACCUGCGCAUCCUCAAUGUCGCAAACGACGCCCCUAAACUCACCCAGCUGCUGAAGCCAUACCUCCCGGCCUUGCUGCUCAAGGCCGGCAGCGACCAUGCUUCGGUUCGCUCAAAGGUCGUGACCAUCUGCCAGCGGCUCAAGGUCUUCAUCAAAUCACCUGAGGUAGUCCUGCCAGUUUCCGCCCUGCUGGACCAGUACAUCGCCAAUAACCACCCCGUCAUCAGGCAGCUGGACAUCACCUUCAUCCAGCACAGCAUAGGGAGGAUCAGUGCCGAUGAAAGGAGGAAGCUUGUACCCACCAUCUUGAACGGCAUCCAUGCAACAACACACACCACCCCUGCCAGGUUCAAUAUGUUCCUGCACGCCCUCAAGGACAUCAACAUCCCGCCCAGAGGCAGCAAGGAGGACGAGGCCUUUCGACAAGAGGUCGGCUUGACGGACAGCAACGACGCUGAAUCUGUCGCGAAAUGGCUGGGGAAACUUCUACUGACCCCAAGUCCACACAAGAAGCCGCCCGGUCUGACUGACGAUGACAUGGCUUUUCUCACGUUGGGCAAGCCCGGCGAGCCGAAGCCCGAAGGAACCCUGGUCGCGGACUGGCCCGGCGCCAUGAUCAAAGCGGCCAAACUGCUGGAGAGCGGCGCAUUCACAGACGAGGAGCGCUUCAUGCCCGCCCUGUAUGCCGCCGCCAGCAACGACUACCGCAUCAACUCUGUGGGUAAUGCCAUGUUGAUGAGGAACCAGGUGUCGCUGGAGGAUGAAGGGAGGGCCAAGCUGCUAUUCGAGUCUCACUCUCGGUUGCCACCUACAUAUCGCAUCCGGAUACUCAACCUGCUGUCGAAGUCGGGCCUUUCGACAACUUUCACCAAAGAAAUACUUGACGUCGUGCGGCGGGACAUCAAGCCCAAGGAUGAAGCUGUGGAUGGACUGCAGCUGACCAAGCUGCACAAGGCACUCUUCGAAUACAUCAACUGGGUUGCCCGGAUCGGCCCAGGCAAAGGGAAAUUCGAUAUUGGCCCCACAUUAAUCGAGUUGUUACGAGGCUUCAUCACUGAGGAACAAGGGUGGCCGAAACCUAGCCAGGAGAAACGAGCACUGGACCCGCUUGACGACAGAAAUCUGCGAGCCAGAGCAUACGAAACCAUUGGAGUACUGGCAAGGGGUUCGUUUAUGGAACAGGCCAACCUGCUUGAGUUGGUUGCUUGGCUGUUCCGCUCGCUCUCAGAGGAUCCAACGCCCGAGGUUGUGGUUAAUAUCGAAGGCGCGCUGUCUGUCAUGACCUCAAUAUUCAAGCCCGAUAGCGGAGAGGUCGACAGGUUACGGACCAUAAUUCUGACAUACAUGACACUUGCGGAUGGUGGAGAUUCCGUGAGAAGCGUACGACACGCAGCCACCAAAUGGGCAAACCAGUGCCUCGCAUUUUCAGACCCCAUAGCGAGAUGGGUUGAUAUCCUGGCCAUCAAUGGGCGCGGCGAGGAGAGGAUGGAAGUAAUCGAGGAAGGCCGCAAGGGCUUGGACCCUUGGACAUACAGGGUCAACGACGCCACAGUCACGAAUGAUCUCCCCGACUGGCAGCAACUGGUCCAGACCUUCUUCAAGGAGCCCCUCGGCUAUGGUGCUUCUGCCAUGAUGUCAGACGGGCCUUCGAUCACGCAGAACUUUGUCGACUUGUCCCCGAGCGCUUUCCCGACAGCCGUCACGUACUGCAAGCGCAUGCUCUUCCUUGCAGCACUGAAGGACGAGUUCAACGUCGAACCGGGAUGGGAGCAACAAUUGGACACGCUUAUGAAGUCUGACAAGCAGACAAGGGAGUCCAUUCGAAAAUACUUGGGAAGCCUAAGCGGUCAUGUCUUGGAGUCCUUUUUGGAGGCUGCCCUCGAGGGGAUCCAGGAGGACAAGCCUACCACGGAAGAGUGCGCACGCAGCUUCGUCGAGGUCGCGUCUCUCGCGCCCAAGUCAGAACUGACACCUUUGAUCCUCCAAGGGAUUCCAAGGCUUCUGGCAGUGGUCACGUCAAACAAGAAGGAGAUCCGGAGUCUUGCAGCUAGGGCCCUUGGCAUUCUUGCGGCGCACCCAUCCGUGCCCUCAUCGCUGUUCAAUGUCAUCAGCCACGUGCUGCGUCAACAAUCCCAAUCAUGGCGGACGGCUGUCGGUGCUGAGAUGAAUGCUGCGCAGGGAGCCGAAGGCACAAACUUGAGCAAGGAGGAUGCCUACGUCGACGACACAACCCUGUCGCACGACCUUAGAAACAAGUACCUCAAAGGGAACGAUCCACCACGCGCGAGUCAACCAAAGGCAGAGGAGUGGCUGCCUCCCGUCAAAGAUCUGGGCGGCGCGCAGCUGUCUUUCCAAGAAGUAAUAUUUGACACCCUCACACAGCUGUGGACGGCCUUAAUUGAGCCCGAAGAAGCCUCUAUCACGACAUAUAUCGACGUGUUAGUGCCUCAAUGCAAGAAAGGAAACGAACGGGCCAUCACUGCCCUCGGCCGUCUGGCGUUGGGGCUGAAGGAUGGCGACGCUGCCCUUGAUACUAUAUUGUCGAAACUCUACGAACUGCACGAGCUCAAACAACCCGAGGUACACUUCGCCAUUGGCGAAGCUAUCACGGCCGCGAUUGCUCGCUGGGACUCGGACAUCGUGCAGCUCACCGUGGAUGUGGAAUCAAAAAUAGACAAAUACCGUGUCGAGAAGCGAGCGGACAAGGUCCAAGAAGUCCUCGACAAGAUCCUCACCGACUGCAAAGCCACCAAGCCAUCUCUACUGAAGGCUUCUGGAAUCUGGUUGUUUUCCAUCAUCCAGCACUGCUCUCACCUGCCCGAGAUACAGGCCCGCCUACGCGAAUGUCAGGUUGCAUUCAUGCGCCUGCUCAGCGCCCGCGACGAGCUCGUACAGGAGACAGCAUCAAGAGGCCUGUCUCUGGUGUAUGAGAAGGGUGAUCCUUCGCUCAAAGAGAGCCUUGUCAAGGACCUUGUCGGUGCUUUCACCGGAACAGGUGCGCAGCUGAAGGUCGAAGAGGACACGGAGCUCUUCGAAGCCGGCGCACUGCCAACAGGUGAAGGAAAGUCCGUCACUUCGUACAGGGACAUCAUGAACCUGGCCAAUGAAGUCGGUGACCAAAGUCUUGUCUACAAGUUCAUGUCCCUCGCGUCCAACGCGGCGACGUGGUCGACCCGCUCUGCGUUCGGGCGUUUUGGCCUGAGCAACAUCCUCUCCGAAUCUGAGGUCGACCCGAAGCUUUACCCGAAGCUUUUCCGUUAUAGGUUCGAUCCGAACACGAACGUCCAGCGGUCGAUGAACGACAUCUGGAAAGCCCUCGUCAAGGACUCGAAUGCUGUCAUCGAGGAGCACUUUGACGCCAUAAUGAAUGACUUGCUCAAGAGCAUCCACACCAAGGAGUGGCGAGUUCGGCAAGCCAGCUGCUCUGCUAUAGCUGAUCUCAUCAGUGGCAGACCAUUCCAGAGGUAUGAGAAGUACUACGGCGAUAUUUGGACCAAGGCGCUCAAGGUGCUUGAUGAUGUGAAGGCCACGGUUCGCAACGAGGCAUUGAAGCUCUGCAUGGGCAUGGCAAACACUCUGACUCGGCAACUUGAAGAGGGCGGCGUGUCGGCCUCCGCCAAGGACAUGAUGAGCUCCACGCUGCCCUUCCUGCUUUCUGACAAGGGCAUCGAGAGCAACGUGAACGAGGUCAAGGGCUUUGCUAUUGACACCGUUAUCAAAAUCACGAAGACCGGCGGGAGUGCAUUGAGGCCGUACAUUGCCACCAUCGUGACACACUUGCUGGGACUGUUGAGUACCAUCGAGCCGGACGCAAUCAACUACUACUAUCAGCGCUUCGGUGAGGAUGAUCGCGAGAAGAUCGACAAGAUCCGAAGUCAGAUGGUCAACCAGAGCCCGAUCUCUCAGGCCAUCGAAAAUUGCCUCCGCAAUGUCGACGAGAGCGUCAUGCCAGAUCUUGCCUCAGGCCUGGAGGAAGCGAUAAAGUCCGCCCUAGGCAUGCCUACGAAGGUCGGAUGUGCGAGGCUCCUGGGAACAUUGGCGACACGGCACACAAAUGACUUCCGGCCACAUGCAGACCGUUUCUUGCGGCUGCUGGAGAAGCAAUGUAUCGACCGCAACGACGAGGUCAGCCAGGGGUAUGCCAAGGCAGCAGCGUACAUCAUGCGACACGCCCCAUCGGAAGCCAAAGAACGCUUCAUUUCCAAAUUUGAGACACUGUAUUUCAACGCCGAGGACGAGGCGCGCAGGCAGAAGGUGGCGGACGUGGUGCUGUCGCUUUCCAAGAUCAGCCCGGACCACUUCAACGCCCUGGAGGGCAGCCUGCUUCCCUUCAGCUACCUGGGCAUGCACGACCUAGACGAGUACGUGGCCAAGGCUUUCAAAGAGGUAUGGGAGACCCACGCGGGCAGCAGCAGGACGGCGACGCGGUUUGUGCCCGAGAUAGAGGCCCUCGUGCAGCGGGCGCUCGACACGCCGCAGUGGAGCCUCAAGCACGGUGGCGCGCUAACAGCGGCCAGCGCGAUGUCGGCUGUGGCCGCAGUCGCCGGCGACAACCCGGGCUCCAGCGGCAGCGUCGCGCACCUCGCGCGGCUGUGGCCCGCGUUCGACCGCGCGCUCGCGCUCAAGACGUUCGCUGGCAAGGAGAAGCUCCUCGACGCGCUGGCGGACGUGGCCUCCAAGGGCAAGGCGUUCUGGGAGGGCGACGCGGCGGUCGCGGCGCAGAUGAAGAAGGUCGUCCUGCGCGAGGCGAAGCGCAACAACGAGGCGUACCGCGUGCACGCGUUCAGGUGCCUGUGGCGGUGUGCCGCGGCACGGGAGGACGUGGAUCUCUGGGAGGAGGCGGUGGGCAUCGCUCGCCCCUUCCUGGAGGAGUAUGUCGAUGAGGACCGCAUGGAUGUCGAUGGCGACAGCGGUAAGGCUGCCAAGGAGAAGGAGGUGCUUGUGUACAAGACCGCGCUUGGGGCGGUGGAGGUCGUCGCGCGGGGGUAUAACCGGCCGCUGCUCAGGCGGCGGCCUGUGCAUGUUGCUCGUGGCAUCCUGGAUGUCCUGGGGCCGUUCUUUGAGAAGCCGAGGUUUGACUCUAUCCGCCGUGAGGUGUGGUACAAGGCUGUCGAGGACUUGAUGAAGGACGCUGAUGGUGCUGCGAGCGAGGAGGGGGAGGCUUCUGGUGGGUCGGGUGUUGCCAGGCGGUACUUUGAGAGCCUGGAUGUAGACAAGCCGGAUCUUGGGGUUGAAACGCAGCGGGUUGUGCGCGCUCAGGCGACGGUCGCGCUGGCGAAGGGUGUCAAGAAGGGGGUGUUUGGCUCGGCUGCGUCGAAAGAGGACGGCGUGGUUGGGACUUUGAGGGGGGUAAUCACUGAGGCUCGGGGAGCGGAGAGGAGUGUGGAUGUUAAGAGGAUCAUGGAUGAGGCGUUGGCUGAGCUUUAA